AUGUCAGGUGACGAGGCAAACGGCGAGCUCUUGAAAAACUACCGGAGCGACGAUGAAAUCAACAAACAAAAAAGCUCCUUCCUGGAGCGUCUCAUCGAAAUUUUCAUCAAAUUCAAGUUGAAAAAGGUGCUGGGACACCUUGGCCUGCUCGUUGCGUUGUGUGCAUAUUGCUUCAUGGGCGGCAUUGUUUUUAGAAUACUAGAAUUACCAAACGAAAUUGCAGAAAGACAAGCAGUUAGAAAUAGUACCUUAGCGGCACGUAGUAAAUUUAUCCAAUCAAUUUUAGAAAAUAGAGACAUACGGAAUUUGGAGGAUUUCAUUUCCGUCGAGUUACUCGAAUAUGAAGAGGCUGUCGCGGAUGCUGCUGACGGUGGUUUAGUCAUUGGCGAUCCAGCAUUUCCAGAUCCCGAUUCCGACAAAUGGACCGUUAACCAAGCUGUGUUUUUCUCAUCGACCAUUCUCACGACGAUAGGCUAUGGCAAUAUUGCACCAGUCACGUUCGAAGGACGACUUUUCUGUAUAUUCUUUGCUCUAAUUGGCAUUCCGCUUACAUUGACGGUCAUUGCAGAUUGGGGUGUAUUGUUUGCCACUGCUUCGACGUCUCUCGCGAAGAAUUUGCCGAUAUCGAAUCCUAAAAAGAAAUCGUCGUCGAACAAAAAGUUGCUGUACGCAUUUGGUGCUGUCGUAUUUUUAGGAGUCUAUUUGGCAGCUGGUGCCGGCAUGAUGCUUUUAAUCGAGGACGAUUGGGGGUUCUUUGAUGGAUAUUAUUUUUGUUUUAUCACAAUGACGACAAUUGGCUUGGGUGACUUGGUGCCGAGUCGUCCUGAAUUCAUGGUUGUUUGCACAUUGUACAUUCUGAUUGGAUUGGCGUUGACAUCGACGAUCAUCGAGUUGGUACGACGUCAAUACGCGAGGAGCUGGCAACAAUUACAAGCACUUUCCGGUCCAUUUGCUGACACUCUGCGACGCUUGGGCGAAUCAGCUGGCGGCACAAUUGACGUUAAUGCCUUCCAAAUGGACUUGCGACGAGCACUGACGAUGAAUCGCAAAAAAGGCAAGGGAGGCAAAGACUCAGAAAGCGAAAUGGCAGCAAUCGAAGCCAUCACAAAUGCAUUGUUGAGCGAAGUGAAAGCCAAUCAAGAUAGUGAACCCAAGUUGCUCCGUAUUAUAAUUUACGAGUCGAAUGUAUGACAACACGCUCAACGUUUUUGAACAAAAAACGUUGAAUGUCUCUGUCACUAAAUAAUUUUAUUAAAUUUCAAAAUUUUUUUUUAACAAAAAAUGUCUUCUGGAAGAACAUUGGAGAGAAGUUUCACGAAAGACAAGGAAAAAAACAACUUUUUUUUAAAAAAUAUUUCAUUUUAUUCUGUCAAUUAAAAUCUAUUUUAGUAGAAAACUAGCUCUCAUGCUCAACAGAGACAUGUCCUACAUGCUAUUAUA